AUGGCUGACCCAGAUGAGAUGCAUAAACAAUUUUUCUUAGAACUCCAGAAUAACCAAAAGAAAACUGCAGAUAGUUUGGCUGAGACUAGAGAAGCCCUGCGGUUAUUAACAGAAAAACUUCAAGAAGUAGGGUCUACUAAUGAGAGAGGAAGCACUUCAGAGGGGCCAAAAGGUUUGAAACCUACAUCCUCUAAAUUAGAAAAAAGUAUAUUCUUACCUAUAGAUGAGACACCAGUAUCAAAUGCAACUAUUAAUCCUAUGGAAGAGGUUACCAGAAAUCUGGUUGCAUUGCGGGCCACUUAUAAUGGCUUGGAUGAUGACUUUAAGGGUUCAGUUCCUUUCAAAGAAUAUGUGGACAUGAUGAACACUUUGCUGCCCAAGAAAGAGUAUAGGAGAAAGCAGGACAUAAGUGGAAGAGAACUCAAAAAUAAAAUAAGAAAAUUCGUAGCCCCUACCUUUGAUGGAACAAGCAAAAUUUCUGCUAGAGCAUGGUUACAAAAGUUACAAACCUUCUUCACUCUUAAUCCUAUGAAGGAGCACGAUGUUGUUCAGUUUGCAACACUACACUUGGAAGAUGCAACUUAUGAUUGGUGGUAUCAUGGAAUGACUACUCAAGGCCAUGGUCAGGAAGCUAUCAAAAGAAGUUUGCAGCUUGAAACUUCCAUGCCUAAGAAACCAGUGACAAAUCAAAAGCCUCCAAAUCUUUGGCAACAUAAGGGAAAUUUUCAGAAAAAGACUUUUCCACCACCACCAACAAAGAUUGUGACAAAUACAACAAACAAGAAGGUAGAUGAAGAGACUAAGAGUGAACUUCGAAGGAAAAAUAUUUGUUUCACCUGUAGGGAGCCAUGGGUUCUAGGACAUAGGUGUUUGGGAAAAGGUCAAGUGCACUAUAUUGAGGUUGCUUCAGAAUUUGAUUCAGAUGAGCAUGAAGAAUUUCAUGACACUAAGGAAGAAGAAGAAGAAGAGAAAGAAAAAGAAAUCAGCAAGGGUGGCACUUUAGCAGCAUUAUCAGGAGUCCCGAGAUAUCAUCCUUUCCACAUCCGGGGGGUAUUAGCAGGGCAGAGGAUGAUAGUCCUUCUAGAUAGUGGGGCAACUUACAAUUUUAUAGAUGAGGGAUAUUGUAUUGGGUGUUCAAUGGUUACACUCUAUUGGGGGCUAUUACAUGAACCAUCAAACAAUGGAGUUCAAGUUCUAGUCCAAUGGGAAAGAAGUCCUAUUAAGGGGCUUAUCAAAUGGAGCACCCAGGGUGGUCACUGCAAAGAGGAUGGAGAGGACCUUUUGAAGAGGACAAGUAGCAUGGGCAGCAGGAAUCAUAAUCCAUCCCAUGAGCUCUUCCAAGGGACAAGUCUAGUUUUCAAUGAUUUGCCCCCAGGAUUACCACCAGAUAGGGGAUUUGAACAUGUUAUAGAAUUAGAACAAGGUGCAAAACCUAUUAUAACUACUCCAUACCGCCAUCCAAGGGGUUAUAAAGAGGAAGUAGAAAAGAAUAUUAAGGAACUCUUGGACAUGGGAUUCAUAAGGCCAAGCUCUAGCCCAUUUGCAUCUUCUGUGGUACUUGUGAAGAAAAAGGAUGGUUACCAUCAAAUUCACAUGAGGAAGGAAGAUGUGGAAAAGACUGCUUUUAGAUGUCACUAUGGGCACUUUGAAUUUCUUGUUAUGCCCUUUGGUCUUACUAAUGCACCAGCAACAUUCCAAUCUUGUAUGAAUAAGGUAUUCAACAAGCAUCUUCAAAAAUUUGUUUUGGUGUUCUUUGAUGAUAUUUUGAUUUAUAGUAAAACAUGGAAAGAGAAUUUAGAGCAUAUAGAUACUAUUUUGGGCAUCUUGGAGCAGCAAUCCUUCUAUGCUAAAUUAUCCAAAUGUGAGUUUGGUUUGACUGAGAUUCUAUACUUGGGACAUGUUAUAAGCUGCAAGGGAGUACAGGUUGAUCAACAAAAGAUUCAAGCAAUUUUGGAUUGGCCACCACCCACCAGUCUUACACAGUUGAGGGGGUUCUUUGGGUUGUGUAGCUACUAUAGAAGGUUUUUCAAAGGAUUUUCUCAGCUUGCUGCCCCUUUGACUAAUUUGACUAAGAAAGGAGCCUUUUUAUGGACAGAAAUGGCACAGAAAACAUUUGAUAAACUUAAGGAGGUGAUGAGUUCAUGCCCCAUACUUGCAAUUCCAUAUUUCUCCUUACCUUUUAUUGUUGAAUGUGAUGCUUCUCGAGAAGGUAUAGGAGCUGUCCUAACUCAAAAGGGACAUCCAAUAGCAUUUGAGAGCAGAAAAUUGAAUCAACUAGAAAGAGGGUAUUCCAUCUAUGACAAGGAAAUGCUAGCUAUCAUGCAUGCACUUGACAAAUUCAGACAAUAUUUGGUUUCCAUAAUUUUAGAGUAUGCUAAAGAUUCCUUUGCCACUAAUAUAUUGCAUGAGUUAGUGGAUGAUAAUAGAUACAAAGUUAUUGAUGAGCUGAUCUAUUACAAGAAUAGGAUAUUUUUGGUGCCAGGAUCAAAGAUAAAGGAAAAGAUAUUGAGGGCCUUUCAUGACACACCAUUGGCUGGUCAUCAAGGAUAUUUCAAAACAUAUAGGCAGAUCUAA